CAGAGGAAAUAUCGAGAAGGAAGGAAGGAUUGAGGCAGACAAGGAUAAACGCGGGUAUGCCGAGGGACGGUGCCAAUGCCCUACUUGCUCUUAUCAGUUUGGUGGCUGCUUCUAUGGGCGGAGGGUUGGUGGAAGGGGUCGGCGAUGCUUGUGGCAAAGCGGUGGGUGAUGCUUGUGAUGCUGGGGUGGGCGACAGCGGGCCAGGUAUAACGGUGCAACGCACAAGUGCAUCUGCUGCACGAAUGCGACAGAUGCUGUUGGAGGAGACCGACAAUGUUGUCACAAAGAACGAGCAGACAUCAAGAAGAGUAGACCGGUGGAUGACGUGCACGAACCAACCAUUCAACAUGGUUGAGAACGAGUUCUUCCUCGACAUGGUCAACGCCAUACGAGAGGCCCACCCAUCGUGGAGACUGCACUCGAGAGAGGCGGUGCCCAAUGGUCGAUUGAACGGACAACACCAGAGGGCGGUCGAGGACGUGGGAAGGUUGGCGAAGAAGUGGGCUCGUACAGGCUGUAUGGUGCAAAUUAAGAGGUCGGGCGUCACUCGAUUCGCGAACAACAUCAUCAUAUUGCAGUCGCUGUGGGACAGGAGAAACGCCCUGAAAUUGACUGUGGCUGCCAGCGGGUGGGUGUCGUCCAUAGUGCCGCCCCACUUGCGUUCUCAAUUCGAGGAGGUGACGACGACUAUCCUGGAUGGCRGCUUUUGGGAGCGGGUGGAGAAGGCCUUGAGRACCACGGACCCCAUCGUGACGCUAYCGAAGCUUGUCGAUGGUCCGGGCGCAACAAUCGCCAAGGUUUAUCAUCGAAUGGAUUGUGUGGUSGAGUCGAUUCGCAAGUUGGACAUCUUGACAGACUUCGAGAAGGUAGAGGUCGAGUCGAUCCUCAUGGAGCGAUAUGCGUUCAUGACUUCAGAGUUGCACUGUGCAGCAGCCUUCUUGGACCCGGAGAGGAGGACGAAGCUUAUGCCCACCCGCCUAUCAAAGCUCGUCUACAACAAUUGGAACCUCCACCUGCAGUGGAGGCAAGAGCACGGUCGUGGUGUGGAUGAUGUCCACAUUCCGUGGGUGGAGGAAAUGCCAGAUGCCGAGUUGAAGGAGGAGGCAGAGCAAUUUUACAAUGAAUGGGUGAAACGGGUGACGAACAGCACAUCGAGUGGAGGGAAUGACGCGUCAGAGGAGAAAGACGAGUCGGAGGACAACGGCGAUGGUGAGGAAGUGCUGGAGCGUGUCUUGCAAAGGUUGUCGGACCAUCAGCGCCCAGCACUUGAAGUGCCGUGUAACAAGGAGGACCGAGAGCUGGCGUUGCGGGCUCGAGAGACGGGCGAUUGGGUGGAGGGUCGAAAGGAAGGCGGAAGCAGUAGGCAACGUAAAGUGCGGCGCGGUGAUAAGUGUCGUUGUGAUGGUAAACGUGCUGCGGAGGAGGUCAUUGCACCUCCGGAAAAACGGAGGAGAGGGCAACCGACCAACAAAGAGGUCACAGCAAGAAAAGCAGCAAUGCAAGCUGAGAAGAGAAAGACUGCGGUGGAGGCAUCGAGAAAAAAAAAAACUGCUGCAAAGAAAAAAGCAGCAGCAAAAACAAGAAAGAGGGACGACAUCAUCGACGAUGAUGGCACGAAAGCAUGUUCGUCGUCUUCAAAUUUAUCAGAGGAAGGGGAUGAUGAAGAUCAUGAUCCCAUCGACGAAGAACCGCGGAGUGCUGAGGAGGGAACUGAGCACGAGGAGGAGGAGGAGGAAGACGAGAAGGAGGAGGAAAGCGAAGACGAAGACGACUCAGAGGAGGAGGAAGGCGAGGAGGAAGAGGAAGGGGAGGGGGAAGAGGAAGGGGAGGAGAAAGAGGAAAGGGUCGCAGAGGAAGAAGGUGAGAUUUCUGCACGGGGAGAUGCAGAGGAUUAGGAAACUUAGGCCGAGUUGAUGCUGCUGACUGCAAAGUUCGCAGUUUCGCAGUUUAUCUUUUGAUGUUUGGCUAAACUUGGAACAAAGUAAGAAUUGUGAA